UGUUUUUUUCCCCGGCCCCGGCCCUGCCUCCUCCGCGGCUCCCGAUUCACUUCCUGGGGCCGGCGGAUGGCGGCGGCCCGCACCGCGCCCGCUCCGCAUCGCCUCAGCCCGCACCGCGCCCGCCCGGCCCGGUAGCGCCGCGCCCUCCCGGGGUACCCGCCGGGAGCGGAGCCGCGCCGGGGGCCGGGCGGGACGGCAUGCGGGCGGCGUGAGACGGCCGGUGCGGCGGGUGAACGGCGAGGAGCGAGCCAUGGGCGAGCGGCGGGACGGCGAGACCGGCGGGCCGGGCACGGGUUGGAAUCCAGAGCCAGAAGAGUCGAGUUCCCUUUUGCAGACAGCGGUUUCAGUGCUGCAGAGCUCCUACUUGGACUCCACAUCUCAGGAUGGGUUUCUCUACAGCCAAGCAAUCCUGGUGCAAAAUGAUGUUUUCCUAAGUGAGCUCAAAGCUUUUGCCCAAGCAAAGGAAGCUGCUGGGUACAGCCAGGAGGAGCUGGAGGAGACCUUUGCCUUUCUCCUGUUUGAUAAUGAAGAAGAGGCAAAAGAAGUGUGUCAGACAGGCCUGCGUGUGAACAGCAGCUCCAUUUCCAUGCUUGGUGACCCAGCCAAAGGGGUUUAUAUAUCCAGGUAUGCAGACUGUCUCCAUCCGAGACCCUGGUAUCAUGGAAAAUCAGGCUAUAUUGUCAUUUGUAAGCUGAUUAAGGGGAAGGUGAAGGUGAUCUCUGAGAAUUACACAACCAGCUAUACCUGCCCAUCUCCUGGCUAUGACUGCCACGUUGCCAUGAGCAGAAGCAACCUACCAUCAAAGACCAGUCGCUGCCAGGCCUUCAGGCAGAGCCAGUACUACGUGUAUGAAGUGUCUGGUGGCAGCACUGCAGAGCGGCCCAGGCAGAUCUGUCCCUACAUCAUCAUCGCCUGCCAGUACAGGGAGCCAAAGGAAAUGCCUGUCUUGGCCAUAGAGAGCCUACCUGAGCUUAACCACAAAGCAUUGUACUGCCCAUGGAGGGGGCAGCUCUCCAUCCGGGGCCAGCUUCUGUGCAGCAUCGCCCUGAGGACCCCACACAGCUCCACGAUCCCAGCCCAGCUGCCUCCCAACCUGGACAUUAACCAUGUCAUGGGUUUGUCUGACUUGAAGAAAAAGCUACCAGAGGCUGCAUUUGAGAAAAGAAAUUACACUGGGAAUGAAGUUUGCCUUCAGGGUGUUUACUUCAGUCUCUAUGAAGUCGAAAUAUCAAAUAAGGAGCAAUAUAAAAUGGAUCAUUUAAUAGAAAAUCUCAAGGAAAAGGACUUGGCAAUCAUCAAAUAUUUACAAGAUCAAGGAGUCCUUAUCCUCCUCACGUCCUCCGCCUUGGCACGAGAUGAUGGGUUUGACCCCAAGGAGCCUGUCAGCCUCCUGGCCCUGUUCCUGUUCACCUCUUCCCGGUCAAUGGGACUGAAAGCUGCAAAGCACCAUCCAAGAGAUGAAAAGGGAAAGAGUGACAUCUCAUUAAAAAUAGCCUCAGUUUUGCCUGGGCUCCACUAUGCCUUACAGAAAGCCACCAGUUCUUCAGGGCAGGACACAGUCAGUCCCAGCACAUAUGUCAAACACCACUUCCAGGAGUAUUCAAAGCUUGAUCAAAACACAAAGUCCAACUCUGGCCAAAGCAGUGAAGUUCCCAUUUCUUCUCUUCUCUCACCAGCUGAGGAUGAAUGUAUUAAUCCCUUCAAGAAGUGUUCAGAGGAGUCCUUCUCCCAGCUGCAGAGUUACCUCUCUGAUCCCAGCAGCUACACUCUGACAUUGUCAACUGCUUUAGGAUGUGUGACUGGUGCUGCUCAGUCUCUUUGCUGUGAUUCAGAGGCUGCUGGUAAAACAGACUUGUCUUCAGCUGUACCACCAGCCCUGAUUAUCCUCAACACAGCAGCAGAGGUAGAAGUCGGAAGUGAAAACCCAAAGCCCACCCUGGGGCUGGACCAGAGUGGUGAAAAGCCUGCAGAAGAUGUCAGCUCAGCCAGCAAGCUCUGGGUGCAGAGGAGCAGGAGAAAACCCACGAGAGAGGCUGCAGCCAGCACCAAGGAUGAAUUGCCACUCGUCAAGAAGCAAAUGGGGGAAAGCAGCAAGAACAGGAAAGCAACCAAGAAGAAGGUCAACCUUGCUUUAUCUUAUCCUAAAAAGCCAGGAUUCAGAGACAGUUCCGAUGAGCCCACACUUAAAUUACCCAACUUGCAGUUGCCACAGAGAAGGAAAAGAGGUGCAGAGAUCCUGUCUGCAGAAAUUGUGCAGCAAACAGAGUCUGGAGCUGUUCAGAAGGAAACUUCAGCUCCUGAUGCUCCUGCCUUGGAAACCAAGAGACCAAAGCUACUGAAGAAGCCAGACACAAACAAGGCUCCUGUUGCUGAGAGCAUCACAAAGCCAGCGAAAAGGAAGAUGUUAAAACGUGUGGCUAAAAGCUCCUCAAAACCUCAAGUCAAAAAGCAAGCAGGUAAGAAGCACCAGGAGCCAUCCUCUGUCCUCCCAAGAGAAGCUUCUUCCCAACACCACGGAGUUGACAGCAAAACGGGUGAGGUUUGCCCAGAUGGGGGUGCUGAUCCUGGUAUCAACCCGAAGGGGAACAACUGCGAGCCCCAUGCCUUGAACUUGCUGGCUGACCUGGCUCUGGGCUCCUGUACUCCUUUGUUUGUCCCCGUGGACGAUGGGGUGAUGGCUGAGUCCUGCAGCCCCUCCAGUGACUCUCCAGAGGAGCAGCAAAGCCAUCACAAGAACAAAUCCUUACGUGUUGCUUCCGACCAUGAAUACCACAGGGUGAAACGGCUCGCAAAGGGAGACACCCCUCUUAGCAAAGCAGUGCCAAACAAGAAGCUUCGUCCUGCUGAAAACAAAGACUUAAAUGACUUGGCCUCUGUUCCCAGGGAGAUAAACUCCAGGGUUUUCUGUAUGAAGAAGAGGUUAAGGCCCAGGCCAGCAAAACCCUGUCCGUUGUCUCCAGAAGAGACUCCAAAAGCUGCCAAGGUGAACAAGGUGAACAGUAACACCUUCAUCUCUGUUGAGCACUCAUACGCCUCACACAUGCCUGAGCGCUCAAAGAAACGUGUGUGUCCCAAAGGUACCUCCUACCCUGCACCAGCAAACACCAGAAAUGGGACCAAGAGCACCCGAGCAAGACCCCUGGUUGGGAAGGUGCUGCCCUUCAGGCACCAGCAGAGCAGCAGACACCCGCAGGCCAUAGCCGUGAGGCGCAGGAGCCACCCCAGGGUGAAGGAGGACUUUGCCAAGAGCCACGCAGUGAACAUCUGUGGUGAGUCCAUAAAGGUGACGUGCCACUGGGAUGCACAGUAUCUGUUCCAUUUGGACAGCAGAUACACCAAUGAUGCCCUGGAGAAGACAGUCAACCGUGCGCUGCAUGGGCCCUGGAACCCUAAUCUCCCUGAAGAUGUGGAAGAGGUGAAGCUGAUACUUCACAUGUGGGUGGCUCUCUUCUACAGCAAACCCAAACUGCUGAGCAGCACGAGGAUAGUGGUGGAGCACAGCAACCCCAAGAAGUAUGUCUCAAUAAACACCACUUGGGACUUCCUUGAUUUCAGUGAUGAUGGUGAGGACUGUUCUGGGUUGGAGAAGUGCCCUGCAGACUCUCGCUCAGACCCUGACCAGACUCCCAGCAGCUCUCUGGAUCACACCACACGUAACCAGGGCCAAUUGCACCCAGAGCAAAGCCCUGCGGACUCUCAGACUGAUGCUGAUGGGACUCCUGGUGUUGUUGAUAGCACAGUGUCAUCUUCUUCAGGAGAGAUGCCCUGUGGGGAGGAGGAGCCUUCCUCCACAAGCUGUCCUGAGAGCCUUUCCCUACCUGAACGUGCUGAGGAGAGCCUGGCUGUGAAAGACAAAGAGCCUGCAGCCAUUCCUGAGGAGCACGGGCAUGACACCUCAACCAUCACUGUGGAGGAGCCACCCAAGGAGGGACCGAUGGAUGCUACAGUCACCCCCAGCCCUUCUGAUGAGCUCAGUGAUACCAGCAAGCCCCCAACUGUGCUGGGCAAGGAAAACCCAUGCAGCCAAGCCCCAAAUCCCAGUUCAGCUCCCUGGAGAGAUGCCCCAUGCGCACUGCAUGGACAUGGAGAGCAGCAGGAGAGUGGAAGGACAGCAGGGUCAGGGAAUGGCCCCGGCCCUCCCGAGGACACAGAGAGCAUAGAAGACACUGGGCACUGUACAGAGGUUGAGGACAGCAGCUGGGCCACCAGUGAUGGACCUCAAGGGCCCUGUGGUUGGCUGUUCUUAGAAGCAAGCCCCAGAAAUGCAAAGCCUGGUGGAGCCAGGAGAGAAGGGAGGGAAUCACAGGACCUCUUUGGAUAUUCAGAGGAAGAGGUGGAGGAGGUAGAAGAGGAGAAGGAGGACUCUGAAUGUGAAAGCACAGUGCUGGAGCCUGGCUUUUUGGCAUUCUCUGAAAGCAGUGAUGACAGCGUGGACUGUGACCACAGCGAGCAGAACCCAGUGAAUCCAGCAUGGCCAGAGGGCUCUGGUGUCCCUGUGCCCAGCCCUCCUGCCUUAGCAUCCUCCUGCCCAGGCAGAUCAAUGCCAGAGCUGUCAGAUGGGACUGGGAUUGGCCCUCAAGGGCUUCCUGGGGAGGUGGCACCAAGGCUGGACAUGCUGGAAGAGGCUUUGGCCACCCCAGAUGCAGAGGUGAAGGGUGUUGGUUUGGCACAAACAGCCAGUGCAGCUGAUGGGGGGUCACCCUGUGGCAGCAGGUUGUUGCCUCCAUCACCAUCUGAGCCAAGCCUGGUUGGUGGGACACAGCCAGACAGCGUUACAGGCAACCUGGGACCUGCUGGAGACACACUUGGGGACAGCCUGGAGAGGCCAGACAAGGACUGUGCAGCAGGGUGGGAAUCUGCUGGGAGCAAAGCUGCUGGUCCCUGGUCACCGAGCAGCCAGGGCCUCUCACUGGCCUUGUCCCCUGACUCCAGCUCUGUCUGCAUCACACCUCCUGACAGAGCAGCAGGUCCUGGCGCUGCUCCAGAGGACCAGGACACCAUGGUGAGCAUCCAGUCUCCAUCACAGGGUGAUGUGGGGGGGAGCAGCAGCCUUUCCCAAGGGUGUGGAGGUGAUGCUGGUGCUGAGCUCGCUUUGCUGAGUGAAGCAAACCGAGAAGGGGACAAGGGUUUGGUGGAAGAACAGAGUAACAUCCCUUCUGCCAACUGCAUGGAUGUGUUGGGGGAGCCCCCAGGAGCAAGCGAUGGCCAGGACUCUGCUUACACAGCCUUAGCAGAUGGCUCUGAAGCUGGGGACAGUGAUGAUGUGUGCCUCAGUGCAGAGGAGUCCCUCAGCAGCAACAAGAGGAACACAGCAAUGGUGGCUCACACACUGCAGGAGCCAGAGACCUCUCUUCAUCCCCUCCUGGAACCAGAGCCUUCCUCCUCAGUGAGGGAGGGGAUGUCUGCCAUGGAGGAACACCCCAUGCAGCAGCAGAGCAGCCCAAAUGGGCUGUCCCCAUCUGCCCAUGGUCCCCCUUCUGCUUCUCCACCCCAUGGUGGACACACAGAUCCCCACCACUGCCUGUUAGAGCAAAAGGAGCGGAGGCCAGUCCUGUGCCAGCACGAGGAGUCCUGUGAGCAAGGAGGUGCUGCAGAGGUGAGUGUGGCUGCUGAGAGCCUGGAUGGCUCCUUAGAACCCAGAUGUGCAGAAGAGGUGGGGAAGGACACAGGUCCCUGCUCUGCAGAGCCAGCAGAGAGCUCCCCCGUGGAUGUGCCUGUGCCUGGUGACCCGGGAUUGAUGCCUCCUUCUCCUCCACACGGACACAAGGCAGGUCUGCACAGCACUGAGCCAGAUUCAGUGCUCAGUGAGCACCCCAGGGUGCUGUCUGCUGACAUGAGUCCUGCUUCAGAUGCUGCCCCGUGGUCCUGCUGCAUGGACACCUGCCCCACGUGUGCCAGCCCUGGGGACCAAGCAGCAGAUGCAGCAGGGAGCCACGAGAAGGAACCCAUCGUGCCUGAGGGCUUGGAAGGAGGAAGCAGCUUCCCUCUUGCCGGUCCUGCAUCAUCUUUGUCAGGGGAGUUGCUGAUGCCGCUGUGUGAGCUCCAGUCUGGGUGCAACCAGGGGGAACACGAGGCUGAGGGAGCUGAUGUGUUUCCUGAGCUGCACUGGGCCAGCAUAGAGGUGAAAGACAGAGAAAUCCACACUCCCCCCUUCCCAGUGUUGUCAUUACAUGCACAAAGGGUGCUCUCUGUAGAAAGCCUGGAUCUGAGUGAUGCUGAUGGUGUCUCAGAUGGGCUCCUGAGCUCCAAGCGGCUCCCCAGCAAAGACACACGCAUGGAUUCAACCUUUGAAGAUCUGCCUGAGGCUUCCUCCAGCGACUCCAACCAGGAGACUUCAUGGUCCCUGUUUACAGCCAGAGCUUCCUACAGCAGAUCCCUGGAUGCUGCAGGCACAAGGACUAACUGGGGCUCCUCCUCUGGGAGCCCAGUGCACUCAGAGGGGCGCAGCGAGGAUUGGGGCUCACUGGGCAUGGAGGGGAGCUGCUCAUGGGCUGAGCAUGGCUGGACCAUGAGCCCAGGGGAGACCAGCAACGAGCACGUCCCACCACGUGUCACCAUUAGGGACAGGCAGGGGAUUGCCAAGCACUACAGGAACUUUGUGGUCACCAGGAAGUGCCAGGAGCCUUGGAAGAGGCACAGACAUUGUGUGGGGCAGCCUCAUUUGUUACGGUCACUAAGGGGGACUUGGAGGGGGUUUGAGGGAAUGACCCAGCACACUUUGGACAUGGAGUGCCUCCGUUUCCACGAUAAGCUAAAACACAUCCUAAGGAGUGGGAAACCACCUUUUUCUACCUCCAAAAGCAUCUUCCCAAAAGACUUUUGUCCCCGGGUGAUGUCUGAGACAUCUCCUGUGCCAGAAGCUCCCAUCCCACGGAGCAGGAGCCCUUUGCAGGUGACAGUCCUGCCCUGGGACACGUGGCCGAGCGGGCUCGGCUGGCACCAGCCUGGGGACCAGCGCACCCCAUGGCAGGACACUCCGUGUGACACGAGGAGCAGGUCCCAAAGCAGGAGCCAGGGCUUCCACCUCAGCAAGCUCAAGUACCACCACAAACUCAAGGACUCGCAGGGGGACGUUGCCAUCAUCUUUGAUGAGUUCAACAGGGUGAUGCUGAGCAGGGCUGAGGCAGGGACGCAGGGCCAAGAGCACGUCCCAGUGCACAGGGAGGACACAAGCGAGUGGACAUGCGCAUCCCUGCCCGGGAGGAUGGAGACCUUCGAGGAGAUGAUCACAGACCUGUGCAGCUCGCUGCGUUCCCACCUCUGCAGCGUGGCCAAGGAGGCCUGUGGCCGCAGUGGCAUGUUCUACCUGGUGGAGACGGGCAGGGAGCCUUUCUUCGCAAGAGUGAAGACCUUGCUGAGGAAAGAAGGACACGUGGAGACCGAGCCCCUGAGCUUCUGCCAAGCGAAGUGCCCGGACACUGACAGGCUGCUCGUGGUCAUCAGGAACGAGGACAUCUCCUCACACAUCCACAGCGUCCCGUGCUUGCUGCAGCUGAAGCACUGUCCCAACGUGGUGUUUGCUGGAGUGGACAGCCCCGAAGAUGUACCAACUCACACGUACCAGGAGCUGUUUCAUUCUGGUGGCUUCGUGGUGUCAGAUGAGGGCUUGUUGGAAACGGUGACGCUGGGCCAACUGAAGGAGGUGGUGAACGUGCUGGAGAUGCUGAACAGAAGCGGGAGGUGGAAGUGGCUCCUUCACUACAAGGAGGGCAAGAAGCUCAGAGAAGACAUCAGGAGAUGAACUUGGAGAAGAGCUUUUCUGAUCAGUGGGAGACACGUGCCUCAAGUCUGGAAUUGCUGGAGGUCAGCAUCUGAGUGCUGGGAAGUGUGAUGGGUUGUUUUGUACCUGGAUGAGAUGGAGCAGCAGCACAUGGGGCCUGGAGGGGAUCAGAUGGCCUGAAGCAUCGUGUCUUACACGUGAUCCGGGAUGAGGCAGAGCUCUGGCAGCAGCUUCUUGCACCCUGCUGGGUCUCCAUAAGGCAGUUCCCUCUCUCUUUGGCAGAGGCACCCUCUGUGAGCAUUAUGGUCUGCAAAGGGCUUGAGGAGAGGCACAGAUUUCAUGUGAGGAGCUGCACGCUCCAAAAGCCACCUCUGCAAACAGCUCCCAUCCCUCCAGCUCAUCCCGCCUCCUGCACACACACACCUGGAGCUCAGGGGAGUUCUCUCUGCCCCAGUGUCUCUUUGCUGUCCCUUCUAUCCCAUUACAUGUGGGAUUUGGGAGAAUGGUGAGGAGCUCUGAUUUGUAAUGAGGAGAAGAACCAGGGUGUUGUGGGAAGCGAGUAAAAUCAAACCCUGCUGAGAAAAGCAGAACUUCUGUUGCUAUUUACUCCUUAUUUUAGGUUACAAUCUUGUGUAUUUAAAUGAUGCAGUUUGAAAAGGAGAAGUAAGACAGCAAAUAAUAUCCAUUGAAAUGUCCUGCUUUUAUCAGGUUUGAACUCAGAAAGGGAGGUUUUCAUCAGGCAGGUCCCUUUGUUAGGCAGAGGGGAUGGCUUUCUAGUAACAGCCUGCAACCAAAGAGGAAACUGCUCUGUUCCAUGAGCAGAAAAUACUACAACAAACAGGGAGAACUCUCGGAUCCUCUCCCCACUCAGCCUUCAUGGUGACAGCACAGAGUAAUGUGGGUUUCAGCCCUCGAGAAGUGCCACUAUUUCACCUCAGGCUGUGAGAUGAGGACUGGGGACCCGAGCUCAUCAGUGGGUGCCGCUGUGGAGCAAGAGUUCUCCUUGUGCUGCACCACUGGCUCUCACGUAGCAUCACUUGAGUCCAUUGUGGUGGGAUCAUGAGCCCUGUGUUGUGGUUUAACCCCAUCCUAUUUGGUUUAACUCCAACUCAGCCCAACACAGGCAGUUGCUCCUCCCUUAUAUCCAGCCUGAACUUCCCCUGUUUCAGUUUGAACCCAUCAUCACCCCUUCUCCUAUCACUCCAGUCCCUGAUGAAGAGUCCCUCUCCAGCAUCAUCUUGGGGUUGGCAUCAUCUUGUCUCCCUGCCACACAUGUGAUCCACGUGGUGAUGCUGCUCCUGCCGUCUCCAUUAGUGCAGAGAUUCAAGUCUAAAAGCACUCAUAAGGCUGGAAGAACCACACGUGGUGGGAAGGGAGGUCCCAUCAU